GCACCCCUCGGCCCGACCCCUUUCCCAGUCCUGCCCUGCGCGUCCGGGUCGGAGAAGGCGCCGCGGACGCACCGACGGCCGAGGAGCGGGGAUGCACAUGCACUAGCGGCACCCCCUAACUCACUCCCUCCACACCCCGCGCCGCCGCCGCCGCCGCCUCCACCUUCUCCGCCUCCGCCUCCUCCUCCUCCGCCUCCGGCAGCCGCGGCAGAAGGACCCACCCUGCCCCCCACCCCACCCUCCGCCGGCUCCGGCUGCGGAUCCAGCCUCUACUCCUAUUUUAUUUAUUUUGGGUCGUGCACUAGCCUCAGUGCCUGCAGCCCGCGCCUCCCGGGCCCGCGGGCACCUCCUCCCUCGGCUCCGGAGCCCCAGACCCCGGCCACCCUCACCUCGACACCCUCAGACCCCGGCCAGUCGCCGCUAGUCUCCGCCGCUGGAAUCUUGAUAGAGGCUGUCAUUUUUUGGGGGUUCUGGCCUUUUCGACAAUUUUGUUCCCAGCCAAGGAGAGGAUAUCGUGAUUUUCUCCCCUUUGAGCCCAGGCUCUGCUCUGUGGGGGGGUUGGGGGCGCGCCGACCCGGGGAGUCGUGCCAGCCGAGUCGUGCGGGCUGUGGCAGGGAAGGGGCCACCAUGGGAUGUACUCUGAGCGCAGAGGAGAGAGCCGCCCUCGAGCGGAGCAAGGCGAUUGAGAAAAACCUCAAAGAAGAUGGCAUCAGCGCCGCCAAAGAUGUGAAAUUACUCCUGCUGGGGGCUGGAGAAUCAGGAAAAAGCACCAUUGUGAAGCAGAUGAAGAUCAUCCAUGAAGAUGGCUUCUCUGGAGAGGACGUAAAGCAGUACAAGCCUGUUGUCUAUAGCAACACCAUCCAGUCUCUGGCAGCCAUCGUCCGGGCCAUGGAUACUUUGGGUGUGGAGUAUGGUGACAAGGAGAGAAAGGCGGACUCCAAGAUGGUGUGUGAUGUGGUGAGCCGUAUGGAAGACACUGAACCCUUCUCUGCAGAGCUGCUUUCUGCCAUGAUGCGACUCUGGGGUGACUCAGGGAUCCAGGAGUGCUUCAACCGAUCUCGGGAGUAUCAGCUCAAUGAUUCUGCCAAAUACUACCUGGACAGCCUGGAUCGGAUUGGAGCCGCUGACUACCAGCCCACUGAGCAGGACAUCCUCCGAACCAGGGUCAAAACCACCGGCAUCGUAGAAACCCACUUCACAUUCAAGAACCUCCACUUCAGGCUGUUUGAUGUUGGGGGCCAGCGAUCUGAACGCAAGAAGUGGAUCCACUGCUUUGAGGAUGUCACGGCCAUCAUCUUCUGUGUCGCCCUCAGCGGCUAUGACCAGGUGCUCCACGAGGACGAAACCACGAACCGAAUGCAUGAGUCCCUGAAGCUUUUUGACAGCAUCUGCAACAACAAGUGGUUCACAGACACGUCUAUCAUCCUGUUUCUCAACAAGAAGGACAUAUUUGAGGAGAAGAUCACCAGGUCCCCACUGACCAUCUGCUUUCCUGAAUACACAGGCCCCAGUGCCUUCACAGAAGCUGUGGCUCACAUCCAGGGGCAGUAUGAGAGUAAGAACAAAUCAGCUCACAAGGAAAUCUACACCCAUGUCACCUGUGCCACCGACACCAACAACAUCCAGUUUGUCUUUGAUGCUGUGACGGACGUCAUCAUCGCCAAAAAUCUGCGGGGCUGUGGACUCUACUGAGCCCUGGCCUCCUGCCCAGCCUGCUGCUCACUUCUCCCCUGGACCCAGAGCUCUGCUACCACUCGAUGCUCUGUGCACUGAGGGAAAACCCAGAGGCUGGCCCUGGGGGAGGAGGAAGCACCCUCUGAGCAUCCCCACCCUACCCCACUCCAGCUGCAUGACACAUGGGAUCAGGGCUGGGCAGAGGCGUGGAGUGCCACACACGUGGCCAGAGACCGCUGCCUGCCACCCGGGUGCUGCUUGCUGGCCAGCUGUGGGCGGCACUGCCAUGGGGUUGGGGUGGGCAUGCCCUGUGCUCUGUGCCUCCUACUCAGAGUCCUGGUAUCUCUUUCUCACCUGAGGUGACAGGGUGGCCGGCAGGAUGGCCCUAUGGCAGGUGCUGGCUGAUUAGGGGAUAGUAGAUGCUUUCUCUCAGCUUUCCUUAGGGUCUGUUUGGUAGAGGGCAGUUCCGUCGCCAAAUGCCAUCAUGGGAUCGGGCCAAUUUGGGGGUGUAAAGACUCAGACGUUGGGGGAGGGCUUCCCUAUUCCUUCACCUUGGAUCUUGGUCCUUCUCUGGCCAUCUUCCCUUGCCCGGACUCCCCCGGAAAUUCAGGGAAAUUCAGCCCUGACCCCCAUGGACCUGGGAAUAUUCCCUUAAGACUGGCUGACUGCAAAGGCGCACUGUGGGGAAACAAGUCCUGUGCCACCGCAGUUAGGGUGGGAAGGGAGGCUGAGCGGGUGGGCAGCUCUUCCCGGCACAGGUUGGUUGUAAGUCCCGAGGGAGCCGUCUGCUGACUCUGCUCACACAGGCUCAGCUGCCCUGAGUGUGAGUGAAUAGACAGGUUUUUCUCCAAGUCACAGCCAGAGUAGGCAGCGGCCUCGGGACUGGAAGCGCUUUCGGCAAGCACAGCGGACUUACGAGGCGAGCCCUGAAGCCAGUGCCCUGCUUUACUCCGUCUUGGUCAAGAAGUCAGGAAGCCCUUGGUCUCAGGGCAGAGAGCAAGUGGUGAUCCGGGGGUGAGCUUAGGAAGAGUAUAGGCCAGCUCAGACAUACUCCCAGCCCCCGGAGGGGGAAGAGCCCUGGGAGCCCAGGAAGAGACUUUGCUGCAGAGGUUCCUAAGCAAAAAGGGGUGGAAUGGGUUUUGUCACCCCUGACCUCAGCAGGCUUUGAACAGUUAGAACAUCUCCCUGCCGUUCCUAGACGUGUCCAUUCACCUGCUACGAUGGCCGAUGGUUCAGGCAGGCUUGUGCGUUCAUGGCACAGGCUGUGCCUAGGGAUGCAUGUGUGUCCGCAGGGCAGAGGGGUCUCUGCUUUCUUUGAGCCCUGUGUUCUGACCUCCUCUCUGAACAGUUCUUACCCCAGGCCAGGCAGGACCUGGCUCUCUUUCACAGUCCCCCUGGCCAUGCCAACAGCUCUGAGCUUGUUGGUUCCAACAAGAGCAGAACUCUAGGUGAUCAGGAAGACACGGGGACCUCCCCAGUGCCAAAUGCUUACAGGGGUGAUCCUCUGGGAAGAUCACCCCAGUCUGGCUACCUUGCCACGUACCCCUCAACCCACGUUGUGUGCACCUCCAUCGUUUUGGGACUUUGUGCCUGAUACAGGGAGGUGGCAGAGAACAGACUCCGAGAGCCCGCAGUCUCAGUGACCUGAUGCGCUGCCUAAGGCCAGUUAAGUUGUUGGCCCCACACUGAAGAUACAGCAGUUAUUUCUCAGUAUCGCCCACCAUGUGUCGCUACCUAUGCCCCCAGACUAACCCCAGAUUUAAAAGCGCCUGCACUCGAGGGAUGCUGGCCAAGCCCCAUCUUUUAAGACCGUUUCCAGGGAGGCAGAAGUUACCAUUCCUAUAACCAUAACCCACUCCCAAGUAACCCCUUCAAGUCCCUGCAGCGCGGUAGCCAGAGCCCACAGCUAGACCAGGGCCUACUGUGGACCUACUGUGUUCUGCCUCGUGUCUUGCACCGUGUCAGCAGCUUGCACCAUGUGUGGGAGGGGGGCCUUAGGCUGUCUGCUAUAAGCCCUCAAGAACAUGGUCCACAGCGAAAACCGUCUGCCAUCUGUGUCAUCACCAGCCGCUCUACCAUGGGGAGUGGGGGCAAAUGUACGUGAUAGAUGAGACUUGGCUCCGUCGUGGCUUUGGGUAUGGGGGAAAAUGUUGUAAGUGACCAGAGCAGGGGACUGUCUCAUAUCUAUGGUGGCCAAGUCAGUGGCCACCCUACAGUUUCUAAAUGAUCCAGUUCAGCUGGCCAGGAGCCAGCUUCCAGGAAGAGUGCCUUCACCGCGUUCGUGCAACCAUGCCUGUUGCCCAGAUGCCUGUGGGCAAGUCCUGGGCCCUGUCCCGAUGACCAUUCUAAGAACCUUCCCUCUAAGCAUGGGUAGAGCCCCCAAGUCUCUAGUCUGAGUUGGGGAGGAAGACAGAAUCCUUCCCGUCUGAGUCACUUACCAUUAGCUCUGGCCUUCAGCCUCCCAUGACCCCUUGUGUGGAGCCCCUGGCCCCUGGCCCCUGGCCCUUUGGAUCCUCUUGGACCAGGCAAAACACCUCCUUCGUCUCAGCCCCCCGGCCCAGGCUCACACGUCCUGUUAGGGCCUGAAGGCAGCUGACCUAUGUGGGCUGCACUGGAUAUCACAGAGUGUCCUCCUCAUAACCUGGCUACCCACAGGCUCUCGCAGGGAAGGCUGACACUGCCUCACCCCAGCCCUGGCCUUCUGCAGAAAGUACCUCUGAAGAGAUGCACCCGUGAUUCCCACAUACCACAUGCUACGGCCAGUGCCCUGGGGGCAGGCUUCUCCCCCUUCUCCAUCCAACCCAGCCUCUUGACACGGGGACCUGCCACACCCGGGAGAGACUCGUGAAGCCUCCAGAUCUUCCCCCCUUGCCCAGGAGGCUGCCACCCUCUUGUGCGAUUCUGAGGGCACAGUGUCGUCUGACUGUCACUGCUUUUCUCUGAGCCUCCUGCUGAGCUCCGGGUGCAGCCCCACGUCUCUCAGGGACCCCAUCCUGAGGCCCCAGCUCCUGUCACCAGAGAUGCAGUCUGAACAGCUGGAGGCAAGCACCUUCCAGGCUGUUGAUUCAAGCUAGAGGAAGAAAGGCCUAGCAUCCGAGAGGACAGGGCCAGGCGUGUAAACAGGCCUCCACAGCCUACCCCUCAGUAAGAAGAGCCUUGUGCACACCUGCUUGGGGACUGCGCUGGGCCUACAGACACUCCCCCAUGCCAGACGGUGGCCAUGUCAAGGAGGAAGCAGGUGGAAGAAAACCACAAAUAAUGGGCCCCAUCCAGAGUCCUGGGCCCACUAGUUGGAGCAGGGUACCCUGUGAGGGCAGCUUUCUUCUCUUCCCCAGGCACAAAACGCCACCAGCAGAAACAGUGCCCUUCCCAGCAGCUCUCGGCCUACCCCCCCUCUUAGCUUCCUGCACCAGCCACAGCUGCCUGCCCUGCAGCCUUCCACUCCCUAACUUCUGCCUUGACCCCUGUGGCCUAUGUGCAUCUUGUAGUCCCAGGCCAGAGGCUGGGUACCCCAUGUUCCCCUUAGCAGAGCCUUCUUAGAUGCAGUGUCCCCCCCUCCUGACCCACUGCCAUCACCUACCCUCAUUAACUGUAAUUUUGUAAGAGAGUGACUUGUUGGUUUAAUAAAUACCUAGUUAUUGUAAUAAUUUAUUGGCUGCCAUAAUGUAUUUAUUAGUCACCCACCAUUAAUAAAAAGUGCCAGCUCUUUCUA